AUGGCGGACACCAAACCCACGACCCAGAAGUUCUCCAAGGGCGAGAGGUCGAUACCGCACCACUCGCAGAAGGCCAGCAAGUACUACCCUGCUGAGGACGUCGCCGUCCCCAAGAAGGCCCGUAAGACUGCUCGCCCUGCGAAGCCCCGUGCCUCCCUUCAGCCCGGUACCGUCGUCAUCCUCCUCGCUGGUCGUUUCCGUGGCAAGCGUGUCGUUCUCCUCAAGCACCUUUCCCAGGGUGUUCUCCUCGUCACCGGUCCCUUCAAGGUUAACGGCGUUCCUCUGCGACGAGUAAACGCCCGCUAUGUCAUUGCUACCUCUACCACCGUCGACAUCAAGGGUAUCGAUGAGGGUGUCCUGAAGAAGGCCUCCGAGGAGGGCUACUUCACUAAGGACAAGGCCGCACACAAGCCUGGCGAGGAUGCUUUCUUCAAGCAGGGCGAGAAGCCCGAGAAGAAGGAGACCUCCAAGGACCGCGUUGAGGACCAGAAGGCCGUUGACAAGGCCCUCCUGGCCAACAUUAAGAAGGAGGCUCACCUCGUCGACUACCUCGCCUCGAGCUUCAGCCUCCGCACCUCCGACAGGCCACACCAGAUGCAGUUCUAA